AUGCUCUCUGAGGUGUCCCGCCCCCCGGUAUGUCGUGUCAAGAGGGGGCUCAACCAUUUCCUGCUGUUGUUGGGCGAUUAUAGGGUUGAUGUAAGUCAUGCCCUGCCCUGCCCUGUCGUGUCGUGUCGUGGCUCUUCGCAACGGCUACAGAUGAUGGCCAGCCUCGAACGCCACCAUUGGAAGUAUGUGCGUUUUGCAUGUCUGGCUGCUCGCUACGUCGUUUUGUGUCUGUUGGUGCGUUGA